AUGGACCAUCGGAUUCCUCGUAUCCUGAGGAACCUCAGACUGUGCGGGAUCAGGCUGGCCUUCCAACAGGGAAGAGCUUCUCCUGUCCUGAGUGCGGGAAAUGUUUUUCAUGCAAGUCCCAUCUUUCCAAUACAUCAGAGGUUUCACACAGGGGAAAAGCCGUAUUCCUGUCCUGAGUGUGGGAAAUGUUUUUCAAAGGAGUCCAAUCUUUACACACAUCAGAGAUGUCACACGGGCGAGAAGCCAUAUCCCUGUGUUGAGUGCGGGAAAUCUUUUUCUAAUAAGUCAUAUCUUUACACACAUCAAAGAUGUCACAUGGAGUGCGGGAAAUGUUUUUCAGAGAAGUUCACUCUUUACACACAUCAGAGAUCUCAUACGGGGGAGAAGCCGUAUUCUUGUCCUGAGUGUGGGAAAUGUUUUUCACGGAAGUCCAAUCUUUACACACAUCAGAGAUCUCACACGGGGGAGAAGCCGUAUUCCUGUCCUGAGUGCGGGAAAUGGUUUUUUACGGAAUCCCAACUUUACACACACCAGAGAUCUCACACGGGGGAGAAGCUCUAUUCUUGUCCUGAGUGUGGGAAAUGUUUUUCACUGAAGUCUGAUCUUUACAUACAUCAGAGAUCUCAC